AUGGUUCAUCAGCACCCUCAACGCCACGGCCGAGCCGGAGGGCGAGGCGAGGAACCUGGUCUUCCCUUCGCCGGCGUCGGCCGGCCGGCUCCUCUGCCUGGCGCCCCUGCCACAAACACGAACCAUGCCAUUGUCAAGACCGCGCUCUGCCUCCUCCCUCCUCUCCUGCUCGCCGUCGUCUUCUACCUCCACUUCCAAACACAGCUCAGCAUAUUCUCCCCCGUCUGCCGGUGCGCCAGUCAGCCUGCCGCCGCUGGCGCAGCCGACGACCACGUUGACCGCCUCCGCGCGUCGGCCACCUUCCUCCCGCUGAAGGACACCCGCCAAGGCGCGGAGACAUGGUUCAUCAGCACCCUCAACGCCACGGCCGAGCCGGAGGGCGAGGCGAGGAACCUGGUCUUCCCUUCGCCGGCGUCGGCCGGCCGGCUCCUCUGCCUGGCGGCCCCCUCCCGCCGCGACGGCGCCAAGAACGCCUACGCCCUCGCGUGGCGCGACGCGCUGCCCCGCGGCGCGGCGCUCCUGCCGGGGCUCGCUUUCGUGUCCGAGACGGCCUACGACCACACCAACAUCUGGCAUGGGCUCACGACGCUGGUCCCGUUCGCGUCGUGGCACGCGAGGAGCGGGUGCAGGGCGCGGCCCGCGAGGUGGGCGCUGUUCCACCACGGCGAGGUGAGGACGGAGAUGAGCGGGUGGCUGGCGACGCUGGCCGAGGCGACGACGGGCGCCGCGGUGGCCAUCGAGACGUUCGACGCGCCCGGCCCGGUGUGCUUCGAGGAGGCGGUGGUGUUCAGGGCGAACGUGGCGGGCAUGAACAAGGAGCGGAUGCUCCGAGCCGCCGACUUCAUGCGGUGCAAGGCCAGGGCCUACUGCGGGGUGGACGCGUCGAAAGCCGGAGGCGGCGGCGACCCUGCGGUGCUGCGCGUCACGCUUCUGUUCCGCACGGGCGCGCGGGCGUUCAAGGACGAGGCGGCCGUGACGCGCGUGUUCCAGAAGGAGUGCAAGCGCGUGGCGGGGUGCGCCGUCGCCGCGGCGCACCCGACCAACUUGACGUUCUGUGAGCAGGUCUUGCCCCAGUCCCGUGCACAAUUCCGAAUGGUUUGCAAGAAGAUCUUGAAUCCAGUCCUCUUCUUCUUUUUAUCUGUAUCUGUUGUGUUGGCAGGUGAGGUUGCUGAGCGCGAC